AAUUGUAUAAAUUUAGAAAAUCAUGAGAAAAACACACUAAUUACACUGAUAUACGCUUGUUUUUGUCAUGAAUUCCUAAUUUUAUACAAUUUUCAAAAAUGUUUUUAAUGCUUAUAUAUAGUCUUAAUGGCUAUUUAUAACAUAACCCUAAAAAAAAAAAUGCGAGUACAGUCAUCUCCAAGUCACAUGCGAAAGUGCAACAGUGGUCAUCCCCUAGUCUCCCACGUUGUUUCCUUUCCCUUUCUUGCCAAUUUCAAAAUAUACUGUCCUACUCUACAUUCUACAACGACAAGCUUCACUCAAAUUAAUCUUAACCAUCCACCUAAACCAUACAAUAACUAAAUCAGCCGCCGGAGAUAGACAAAUGGCGGCAAUAAUGGCAGCGGUUAUAUAUAUAACCGCCGUGAUUGGUGUAACAUCCGCCGUAACUUACACCAAUCACACGGUGGGAGGACCGCCGCCAUCUGGUUGGUAUUUUAAUAGUAGUUCCAAUAUAUCUUCUACUAAUUAUUCCUCUUGGGCUGCUUCUCAAACCUUCAACCUCGGCGAUUACCUUAUUUUUAAUACCAAUACUAAUCAAACAGUGAUCCAAACAUACAAUUCCAAUACUUACAACAACUGUACCUCCGAUGACUCCUCCGACAACAACACACUUGUCUUCAACUCGGGUGCCACCAAGUUUGGUCAGCCAUUGACCAUCUCCGUUCCAUUGACAAAAGUGGGCCCCAACUACUUCUUUUCUGAUGCCGAGGAUGGGGUCCAAUGCCAACGCGGCAUGAGGUUUGACAUUAAGGUUGGCCAAGGGUUGGGCCUUCCCCCAAGCCUUAAUCAACCUCCACCUCCACUGUACUCUGCCCCGCCAAUGGCGGAGCCUCCCCCGGCUUUUCAAGGGAGUGGAGGUGGUCAAGGAGAAAGCAUGUACAAUGGAGUAGAAGGGCUAACUGAUGGAAUAUUUGGAGUUGCUGUGAUUUGGGCUGGUCUUAUUGUUUUGGGCUUGGGCUUUGUUUUUUAAUCGUUGAAGCAAGCCCAUAAUUGGAGGUCAAUUUUGAAGGGUAGUUUCGUAAAAGUAUUUUUUGGAUUUAAUGUCGGUAAGGAGUUAAGGACUAAAGAGCCGUGAAAUAAUUGUUGGCGGGAGACACAUGUAUACUUUAAAUUAUUUUUCUUUUGAUGUGAUAAUGUAAUACCUCUUUGGAUUAAACUACGAGUUGAUUAGUUGAAUAGUUUAAGCAUCUAUACAACGUCGGAUCUAGAGAUAAUUCUAUGUAAUAAUUCAAUGAAAUAUAUAUUUGGUUUGGUUUUUUUUUUUUUUUUUUUUUUUUUAAAAAAAAAAGUG